UACAAAUAUUUUCAAUAUAUUAUCUUUAUAUUGUUGUAAAUCUUCUUUAAAUUUUUAUACACUAACUACACACCACCACACAUGCCAAAUUUUUCAGUUUUUACCAACACAUACACAAUAAUAACUUUUUGUAGUGAAGUGCAAUCUCGGGAGUCAGAGUGACAAAUUUCAUUAAAGUGCUGAACACAAAGACGACGACACGACACGACGUAGCGACGGCUAAUCACAAAUGUCGCUUUGAAGCCAGCGUCUUGUACAUUUUGAAGACGGCAGCGACAUAUCAAACAGCAAUUUCAUUGUUGCCGUACUAACAUCUUUCACUUCAAUAAAAUUUACAUAUUUAAUUUAAAGUGAAAUUAUUUACGCAAAAAAUGUAAAAAUGGUACUUGUGAGAACUUUGAAUAAUUUUACAUUUCACAUGUUAGUGGCAGCUCUACAGCGGCCAUUGUCGUCGGCAAAAUUAGAAACAUUUCUAAUUUGGCGACAACGACAACUACAAGCCUGUUGUCGCGUAGUCGUGCUGUUGUCAAAAAAUUUGUGCCCAUAAGAACGCGUGUAUUUUAAUAUUUGACAGAUGUCGCUUGUCGCUUGUCGUCUUCUAUGUGUUCAGCACAUAACCCUAAUUUUUGUAUGUAUAUAGCUCCAGUUACCCAUACUUGACUUGACUCAGCUUCGAAAAAUUUGACUUGGAAAACUUAGAUGCAGUUAUACUAAACACAACGCGUAGAAAUCAGCUGUUUUUGAAUGUUGAGAGAGCACACAAAUGGGACAUUUUAAUUGAUUUGUGAAGUUUGUGAAAAUUUAAUAAAUAAUAAAACAAAUUGUUUUGCCGAAUACCUUAAUAAUAAUAAUAAAUUUUAAUAAUGGAUAGUGAUUUAUUCCAAGAACUUGUUUAUUUAAAUAUUCUUCGCCUUCAAAGAAGAAAAGUUUUGAGAAGACGUAAACGCCGUUGGUCCGUUCAUCCAGCUAAUCGGGAUAAAAACCCAAAUGGUUUCUUCUGGAAGAACUUUUUAAAAUUAAAAGAAGACGACCAAAAACUAUUUCUUUUAACACGGAUGAAUCGGACAGUGUACAAUAUUCUUUUAAAUAUAAUUAGUCCGUUUUUAAAAAAAACCAAAACAACAAGUUGGCGUCGAGGAGCGAGUGGUUAUAACAUUAAUGUACCUCGCUUAUGGAACACCUUUUGAGGUCAUAGCCUCGAUGCAUAAGUUAGGCAAAACAACAGUGCGGAAUAUCGUACUUGAAACGUGUGAAAUACUUUGGUUACAUCUGUCCCCGAUAUACCUUAGCGAGCCAAGUACCGCACAAUAUAAAGAUAUUGUUGCAGAUUUUUUAAAACUGUGGAAUAUACCCAACUGUGUCGGAGCAAUUGACGGGAAGCAUAUAGCUAUUGUUCGUCCACAAAAUUCAGGCUCGUUAUUUUAUAACUAUAAAAAGUUUUAUAGUAUAGUUUUAAUGGCAUCCUGCGACGCUAGGUAUACGUUUACCUCUGCCAGCAUUGGUAGCUAUGGAGGACAAAGUGACGGAGGUGUCUUUCAGCAAUCUAAAUUUGGUAAAGCGCUCUUGGAAAACAAAUUGCCACUACCACCAAGAGCUCCAUUAUGGAAUGAAUCCUCAACAGAUUUUCCACAUUUUUUUGUGGCCGACGCAGCGUUUCCGUUGAAGGAAAACUUAAUGCGACCUUACCCCGGUGCACAGCUGCCACGAAACAAAGCAAUUUUCAAUUACCGGUUAUCGCGAGCUCGUAGGGUAAUCGAAAAUAGCUUUGGUAUUUUAACCGCUCGAUGGCGUGUUUUACGAAAGGUCAUAGACUUUAGCCCAAAGAACUGCGAAACAAUUGUGUUAACCUGCUUGGUUCUUCACAAUUUUGUAAUGUUGAAUGACCAUGAUCGUUGGUAUUGUCCAGAUACAUUUGUAGACACAGACACCGCAGACCAUGAAAUAUUGGAGGGAGAAUGGCGUGAAGAUUUAGAGAGUGUUGGAGGUGCAUUACAUUCAAUAAGUUCAACUCGACGCAAUGCAUCUUGUAUCGCAUUCCGUGUAAGUGAUUUUUUGGCAGAAUAUUUUAUUAACCAGGGAGCAGUUUCAUUUCAAGAAGAUCGUAUUUAGUGUAUAUUUAUUUUAUUU